GCGGGAACCAAAGUCCAGCCUGACAGCACGGAUCAGCCUAGAAUAAAGCUUAUCAGGUACAUAAAGGACGUUGGACUUUUGACCUCUGUAAGCUGACCUGCAAACAGCCCCUCCUGCCAUGCCGGUCCGGCCUGAGGGUCAGGAGGCCUUUCAAGAAGAGCUGCGCUUCUGGGUCAAUGGAAGAUACCAUGUUGUUUCCAACCCUGACCCCGGCAUGACGCUGAACAAAUGGCUGCGCUCACAGCGAGGUCUGACUGGGACAAAGGUCAUGUGUGGGGAAGGAGGGUGUGGCUGCUGUGUUGUCAUGGUGACACAUCCUGAUCUGACCAAUGGGGGGACACUUUCUUAUACCUUAAACUCGUGCCUGUGCCCGCUGUGUAGUGUUGAUGGUUGGACCAUUACCACAGUGGAGGGGUUGGGCGGACAGAAGGCCGGUUUCCACCCCAUCCAGCGCCGCCUGGCGGAAUUCAACGGAAGUCAGUGUGGGUACUGCAGCCCUGGGAUGGUGGUGAACAUGUACGGGCUGCUUACUAAGAACCCACAGCCCAGCCAACAGGAGGUGGAGAAUCACUUUGAUGGACACAUUUGCAGGUGCACAGGUUACAGACCUAUCCUGGACGCCAUGAAGUCAUUUGCAGCUGAUGCGGAUCCGGAAAAAGGCGGCUGCAUCGACAUUGAGGAUCUCAGCAAACAUCACUGCCCCAACAGCGGAGGAGUUUGUAGUAAUGCGGCUGUGAACUGCACAAAGGGAAACCCACUGUUGAGGUGUGACCAAAAUGGGGUGACGUGGUACCGCCCAACGACACUCGAGCAGCUGUACAGCCUGUUGGAACAGCACUGUACCAGUCAGAACCGGUACAAACUGGUCUGUGGGAACACUGCGUCAGGUGUGUACAAGAAUGACGGCCCUUACAGCUGUCUGAUUGACAUCAAAGCUGUACCCGACCUGCACAUCUGUCAGGCUGGUCCGCCAUUGGUCGCUGGUUCUGCGCUGAGUCUGUCUGCCCUGUUGGACAUGUUACAAACCGGUUCGGACCGGUCUCCAUCCUACGGCGUGCUGGCAGAACAUCUGCGUAAGGUCGCAAACGUGUCGGUCAGAAACGUUGGUAGCUGGGCCGGAAAUCUGAUGAUGAAGCACGCCUACCCAGAAUUCCCUUCUGAUGUUUUCACCAUCAUGGAGGCUGCGGGGGCAAAGGUCACUUUAGGUUGGAAGGAUGAUUCCCAAACGGUGGCUGUUACGGAUUUUCUGAAAACUGACAUGAACGGCAAGGUGAUUCUGUCCCUUGAAAUUCCACCUGCAUCACCUGAUGAAAUCUUCCAGACCUACAAGGUCGCUCCUCGAUUACAGAACGCACAUGCCUAUGUUAACGCCGGCUUCAGGAUGUCAGUGGACCGUCAGAACGGCUCUGUAGUUACUGCGAAACCUGCCAUCGUGUUUGGAGGGGUCAACAAGGACUUGGUACAUGCUUCAGCAACGGAAGAUUUUAUAGUUGGAAGGAAAGUCACGGAUGCUGAAACCCUUAGAGGAGCCCUUGCCAUACUGGAGGCAGAACUAAAGCCGGAUAAUUCUGCUCUCCAGUCUGCAGAGUACACUAAACAGCUGGCAACGGGACUGUUUUACAAGUUCUACCUGUGUGCUGUUGGAAGAGAAAGCCUGAGUGAGUUUGUCCGUUCCGCCGUGGACCCGCUGGUACGGCCGGUGUCGCGCGGGGAGCAGCACUUCAAGACCAGCGAGGCGGAGUGGCCUGUCAGGAAACCCCUGCCUAAAACUACAGCAAGGGUACAGGCAUCUGGUGAAGCUAUAUACACAAACGACCUGCCUCGGACCGCCGGAGAAGUCUGUGCCGCUCUCGUGACGUCAGCUGUGGCCAACUGUAAACUGGGAACCCUGGAGUUUUCACACGCAAUGGACAUGCCAGGAGCGGUUACCUGUCUGACAGCGAAGGAUAUUAAAGGGGAAAACAACUGCAACGUUCCGUUCAUUUCUCCAGUGACUCCUAGAAUCGAGCUUCUCUCCACUGGCGAAGUACUGCAUGCCGGUCAACCAUUGGCUGUCGUCAUCGCAGACACCCAGUCCCAUGCCGAUGCCAUGGCUGAGGCUGUGAAGGUGACCUACACUGACCUGAAGCCGCCCAUCCUCACCAUCCAUGACGCCAUAGCUGCCGAGUCCUUUCACUACCCUGUCUUCGAAAAAACAAAAGGAGAUCCGAUCGGCGCCCUGGCCGGAGCACCUCAUCGCAUUUCAGGAGAGGUCGCGAGUUCUGCCCAGCAUCACUUCUACAUGGAGACACAGGCAUGUCGCUGCGCCCCCUCGGAGGAUGGGAUGGAAGUGCAGGCUGCUACUCAGGCUCCAGACAUGGUUCAGACGGCUGUAGCUCAGGCGACUGGCAUAUCUGCUCACAGGCUGUACGUCUCGGUAAAGAGAGUGGGCGGAGCUUUUGGUGGCAAGACAUUCGGCUCCCUGAUACCUGCUGCUGUCUGCGCGGUAGCCGCUCAGAAUAUCAACAGGCCUGUCCGUCUGAGUCUGAACCUCGCUACCAACAUGGAAGCCAUAACAAAGAGAGCUCCGUAUGUCCUGAAAUAUGAGGUUGGUUUUGACGAUGCUGGGCGGCUGAUAGCUGUGGUGUACAAUCUUUUCGAAGAUAACGGAAGUUCGGCUCAGUGUUCUUUCAUCCCAAUUCUUCCCGCGUUUGCUGAAAAUGUGUACUACUGUCCAAACUGGCAGUUCACAGGACAAACCUGUAAAACUCACACCGUUCCAACAACGAUGGCAAGGGCUCCAGGCAUCAGUGCAGUUCACUUCUUCAUGGAACACAUCAUAGAACACGUGGCGAAGACCCUAAACAUGGACCCGAUGGACGUCCGCAGGGCCAACAUGUUCCAGAACGGACAGACCACUCUGUCUGGACACACUCUGUUAGACUGCAGCGUUACAAAACUCUGGGACGAUCUCUUGGAAUCAGCAGAAGUGAAACAGCGCAAGCAGAUGGUAGAGGACUUUAAUAAGGAACAUCGAUGGAAGAAGAGAGGCCUGUCGGUGGUCCCGUGUCGGUUUGCCGUACACACUAACUUCUUCCGCUUCACGGUGUUUGUGGCGAUCUACCACACGGACGGCUCUGUGGUCAUCACACACGGAGGGGUGGAGAUGGGCCAGGGCAUUGAUACAAGGGUGACGCAGGUGGCAGCGGCCACCCUGGGCGUUCCCAUGGAGAUGAUCCACGUGAUGUCUACCAACUCUCUCACCAGUCCCAACAGCUCUGACACGGGAGGCAGCGUCACUAGUGAGCUCAACUGCCAGGGAGUGCUUGAAUGCUGCCGGAGGCUGAAUGAACGACUCAACCCUAUCCGACAGGAGAUGGGCGGGGCUCCAACAUGGGCAGAACUCAUCAACAUGUGUCACAGGAAGGGGGUGGACCUGUCCGAGAAAUACAUGGAACAUCACCCACCCAAGAGUCCUCACCCGACCUACAACAGCUGGGGAGUGACGUGUACAGAGGUGGAGAUGGACGUCCUGACAGGAGAGCGGGAAAUCAGGAGAUCCGACAUUCUGUUCGACUGUGGGGAAAGUGUGAAUCCUGCACUUGAUAUCGGGCAGGUAGAGGGCGCGUUUGUGCUCGGGUUAGGGUACUGGCUGACUGAGAAGUGUGUGUACGACAAGGACACGGGAAGGCUGCUGACAAACGGAACAUGGGAAUACAAACCUCCGACCACCAAAGACAUCCCGGCCGAUCUCCGAGUCACGCUGCUGCCCAACGCGCCCAACCCGUACAACGUCAUCAGGUCCAAAGCUGUAGGAGAACCACCCCUGUUGAUGUCGUGCUCAGCCCUGUUUGCCCUGAAACAGGCCAUUCAGACCGCACGGCAAGACUCCGGCAUCGGGGAUGACUUCUUCUCCCUGGACGGUCCGGCCACUGUGGAAGCCUGUCACCAACAUUGCCUGGUGGAUUCUUCCAGCUUCACGCUGUGACGUCAAGAUGUCAGGACAUGGCGUCACGACAUCACGCUGUGACGUCACGUUUAUCUUGAUGCUUAUGCUUAUUAGGAUCUUCAUUAGAAGAAAAGACAGUUCCUUACUACUCCUGUAUAUUCAAACUACAUUAUAAGAAAUUUACCAUUUAACAAUUCCACCAUCAUUAUUUAAUGAUUGCAAUAUAUACAAUACUACAAUUUAACAACUACACAAUAAUUAAUAAAUAACUACGUAUAUUCAGCACUACUAACGAAACAUGACUACUAAUUACUCCUUACCUUACACCUUAGCUCCUCCCGCAACUUUACUGUUGCAUAAAUUACACUUUUUGCUACUGAUUGCUAAUUAAUAAUAAUCCCGCCUCAAUAAUUCAUUGCACAAACAUAAUAUACAGGAAUUAGAAUAUACUUGAAUAGUACUACGCCUAGUAACAAGGUUUACCUAUUUUGCUUCAAAAUGUGAUUUACACAUAUAAAUUAUUGAUAUGCCAAGACGUAUAACAAUUACUAUAUUGAUUAGAUCAUGAAGUUACCAAUAUUUACUGACAAAAAUAUAUUAUAUCCAAAUGGAAUGCCUGAAACAGAAACAGUGGUGUAAUAGCGGCGUAAGUUUUUGUUAUACAAUCACGAAGAAUAACAAUUUAUACAAUGUAAUCUAAUACCGCAUAAUACCAACAUACAAGUGUUCGACAAAUGGCUUUACAGUGUACUACUAUGUUACAGUGUAUUAUACAGUCCAAAUCCCAGUCUGUUUACAGCAACAGCUUUCUUAAAAAGAUUGCAAAACUUGAGUUACUGAUACUAGUGUGAGUUGUAUGCAUAACAUUUUAGUGUUAGAGGUGUAUUUACCUAUUUGAAAUUUUUAAGCAAUGAAGUUUUUAUGAUUUUUCUCUAACACUAAAUGUGUUGCAUACUACUCACUAAAGGCAAUAACCUUAGUCUGUUUUAAACACAACAGAGAUGUUAUCAUAUUGUAUACACGUACAAAAUGUAAAUGUCAAGAAAAUUAUAUAUAUACACUUGUUAUAUAUAGUAAUAUAACAUUAUAAUUACUAAUAGAAUUACAAUCAGCAAGGGAAAUCUUGGAUUGUCCUAGGAGAAAUUAGAUUACAAGCUCUCCUGGAAAAGUCCCGAUUGCCCUGAAUUCAACUCUCCCCUUUGACAUAUGUCUUUACAUUAAAAUGAAGAGACCGUAAGGUAAUAUUCUAAAUCGUAAAAUAUGAUAUUAUAUUUAUCACUCUCUAAAAACGGAAUGAAAUGUUUUGAAUUUAGAAUCAUAUGGUAUGGUGAACUCAAUAUUAAAAGUGGGCAUAAUAUUAUAUUGUAAAGUUGGAAGAGGAAUUUGAAAUACAGUAUAAUAUUUUAAAUGUUAUCAAUGUAUUCUAACAUUACAAAGAUAGUACCACAAUAUAGUAUUUAACAGAUGAACACGAUUUUUCUAGGAGAAUAAUAUUCAGACUCUUACAUAAUGCA